AUGUCGUUCCAAGGCGACCCACUAGCCUUCUAUGGCAGAAACAUUAUCGAAGAUUAUCAUGCCUCUCUCACGGCCAAGCUCCCUCUGCCUAGCACCGCUAAGACCGGUUCUUUUGACAUUUCAGAUGAGACACUGCGCUUUUUCCCUCACAAAAAGGUCGGAAUCUUGGGCGCUGGUGUCGGUGGCCUUUAUACUGCAUUGAUACUAGACUCUCUGGAUAUCGAGUACGAGAUUCUAGAGGCAUCAGACCGCGCUGGCGGUCGCCUUUCGACGUAUAAAUUUCCCGGAGGACAGAAGUAUGAUUACUACGAUGCUGGUGCUAUGCGCUACCCCCUACCGAAAAAAGAUGAACAAGGACAGUACAAGAAUGGGAUUAUGAAACGCCUGGCCGAGUUGAUAAUCUAUCCGCCGCUGAAUCAAGGUUCAGAUCGCCUUGAGGACAAACUUGUACCCUACCACUUUGAGGCUCUCGAAGGUCCCAACUUGAAACCGGGCUUCUACUACUUUAAUGGUGUCCGCGAACGAAUUUCUGACAAACCCGGAUCCUUCCAUGCUGACCAGCUCGGCGUAGCUCCUAGCUAUAUCAAAGCAGGAACGGAUGCCAUUCACAACGACGUCAUUGAACCGUUUGCCAGGUUGCUCAUAGCUGAUAUCGAGCAGGGAAAAAAGGAGGGCUGGCGCGUGGCGAUGGCGAAUGACUCAUAUUCCCUCCGCGCGUACAUGUCAUUCAAGUAUAUCCCCAGCGUCAACCUUGAUCUUCCUCCUCAACAUCUUCACCACAAGGUCGUAAACUGGUGCGAGCUUCUCCAAAGCAGUACCAAGUGGUAUGACCGCGCAUUGACUGAAGAAGUCUUUGAAUCGUUGGCCUUCGCCAGGAUCGGUGGCACAGACUUCGGUGACGUCGAUUGGAAGUGCUUUGACGGUGGAUCAGAAGUUUUGACGAAGAAAAUGGCGGAAGUGAUCAAUCAAAAGGGGGAACGCAUCCAGUUUGGCAAAAGAGUUAUGGCCAUAGGUCAAUCCCACAAGCUGACUAUUAUUAUCCCGUCCGAUUUUCCAAUGGACAAGCUUCCUUCUGGGGCCACUGAAUCAAAAUCAGGGAACAACACCAACGCUGGUACGAAAACGAUUGACAUUCCGAACGCUGGUGUUGCAGUCUCAGUCCACAAUGAAUCUGAGAAACGUGUCUACUCGCAUGUCAUAUCUACCCUCCCUCUCCCCGUGCUUCGUACGAUAGGUAUGAAGGACGCAGAGAUGAACGUCAAGCAGAAGAAUGCUCUGCGUCAGCUCCAGUACGGUCCUUCCAUCAAGAUUGCUAUGCGGUUUAAAGAGCCAUGGUGGACCACCAAGCUGAACAUUGUCGGUGGGCAAUCAUUCACGGACCUUCCCAUUCGCACCAUCGUCUAUCCAUCUUAUGGCGUCGACUCCGAUACCCCGUCCACGGUACUAAUUGCGAGCUACUGCUGGACCACUGACGCGGAACGCCUCGGAUCCCUUGCAACGCCAGACAAGACCGGAGCGCUGAAGGAGAUGGUGCUUCACAAUCUCGCAGAAGCACACGGUGCUCCAAUCACAUACAAAUUCCUGCAUGACCAAUUCGUCGAUAUGAAUGUGAAAGAUUGGUCCCAUGAUCCGCAUACGAUGGGCGCAUUUGCAUUCUUCGGUCCCGGCGAUUUUGAAGAUUUGUAUUCAUCCCUCACCUACCCUGCGGUGAGCGGACGUCUACACUUUGCGGGAGAAGCGAUAAGCACUCGUCAUGCAUGGGUUGUUGGUGCGCUCGACAGUGCCUGGAGAGCUGUGCACGAAUAUCUCAGCGUCACGAAGCAAGAUGAUAAAAUGCAGAAAUUCAAGGAAUUGUGGGGCGAAAAUGUGGAGUGGGCGAGUCCGCCGGGACAGCCCAGCGAGAAGGAUAAGCCGUCUCGCUUACUUCUUGAACACCUUGGACUGACUCGUCAAGCUGUCCUUGCUGGAGAGAUUCGGUAUGCUGACUACUAA